AUGUCGAAAUCAACGGAUACCACCGCAGCAUCUCCAAGCGCAAACGAGCCGCCUGUACGCGCCAAUAUGUUCUUCACACACCUCAACCUCGACGUUCGCUGCAUGAUCUACGAUCUACUCGAACUUCCCCCUGUCGGCAACACAAACAUAGGCUUUAUUCUCUCUUGCAAGCAAGCUUACACAGGGGCUGAGACUGCUGCUGUGCGCGGCUUCAAUCGUUUGCUGAAGAAGACAGAAGCUGAGAUGGUUGAGCUAGAGACAAAUGGAGGUAGGGAUGAGACCCCGGGAGCUCGACUCGAUGUCUCUCUAUAUCCAUCCACUUCCAAGUUCUCUGAUCUUCGAAACCUCCGCAUCGGAGUCUCUUGGCCAAUCAUCCAGCGGCCGGUCCUUGCCAAACAGCUGUUGGGGUGCCAUUUGUCCAAGCUCACACUGGUCGCUAUAGGCUCCGAUCACCUACGGUGGGGCGACAAUCGCGACUAUGAGUUGCAGCCGAUGGACAAGCAUGACUUCUUUUUUGAGGUGCAUAGGUUCUUCUGCCUCAUAGCAAUGCAUGAUUCGUGUCUAUCUUGUGGUGGCUUCCCUUUCCGAUUCAACCGCUACAAGGCGAAAUGCAUUGAGCUCAUCUGGGGGAACCAUUCAACCCAGACAACCCCGGAUACGGUCUAUCCCACUCACUUCGGUUUCCAGAACCAUACUGCCAAGGAGAAGGCAGAAGGCCGCAUGGUUGCCACUGUGACAGACUUUGUCGGUCAUGAGCGUGGAUCUGUUUUGCUGGAAUAUGAUGGGCCUUGGAAAGUCACCUUUGAUGACAACCAAAGCUAUCAACUAAUUUCGGAUUCUUGGAGGAAGUUGUGGAAUAACCUUCUGUAUCGGGCUCAGCUGGUGUCGGACUAUUGA